AUGGAGGUGGGGGCAGCGGGGGACCCCCAUGGGGUCUGGGGUGACACCCCAGCAGGGACCUACGUCAUCCCGCACAGGCUCCGACCUGAGCGAUCUCCCCAUGGAGCCAUGCCAGUGCCCCAGCAGCCAGUGAUGAUCCUCCAGCAGCUUCCCGGGACCGUGGCUGCCCUGGCCCCUGCCGCCGGACCCCCGCACGUCCGGGGAGAUUUAAUUGAGUUGAUGAUGAUUCAAAACUCCCAAAUGCACCAAGUGGUGAUGAACAGCCUGGCUGUAUCGGCACUGACGUCCUUUGGGUUUGGGCCAUCCCCAGCUGCUGCCCAGGUGAUGGCGGUGCCUUUGGAGACCGGAGAGGAAGAGGAGGCUGUGGUUUUCCACCAUCACUACGUCCCCUACCCGGGUCCUGCUCCUAUCCUGGCGUGGCCGGUCCCGGCACAGGAUCAGGGACCGGCGGCUGUGCGGUACCUGGGCACAGGCUCAUUAGCCGAGGACGGGGAGGUUGCCCCCCCUCCACCCCCCAGCGCCACGGGGACCGUGGGAGCCAACGUCCCGCCGGCAUCGGAGUACUACGACGUGGUGGAGGAGAGGCUGUGA